GACUUGUAGGCGUUGGCCUGCGGAGCGUGCCGGGAGUUGUAGUCCGCGCCCGCCUGCGGCGGCUCUGCGUAUCAUGGCGGGCUGCGCCGCGCUACCGCACUCUUCCGCUGGGCCCCAGAAAGUUUCGCUUCUGCCAAACAGUGGACCCACGAGCGCGUGUCACCAUGGAGUCUGACCUCUGCUGAGCGGACCCAGGCGGGAGGCGCACAGCCGAGAGAGGCGGCCUGCAGCCAGUGGCCAUGGCCUCCCCCAUCGCAGAGAGCCAGCUGCAGAGAAUCAUCCGCGAUUUGCAAGAUGCCGUGACAGAGCUAAGCAAAGAAUUUAAGGAAGCAGGGGAGCCCAUCACGGAUGACAGCACCAGCUUACACAAGUUUUCUUAUAAACUCGAGUAUCUCCUUCAAUUCGAUCAGAAGGAGAAGGCCACCCUUCUGGGCAACAGGAAGGACUACUGGGAUUACUUCUGUGCCUGCCUGGCCAAGGUGAAAGGAGCCAAUGACGGGAUCCGAUUCGUCAAGUCGAUUCCGGAGCUCCGGACAUCUCUGGGAAGAGGAAGGGCGUUCGUUCGCUACUCCCUGGUGCACCAGCGGUUGGCAGAUACCUUACAGCAGUGCUUCAUGAACACCAAAGUGACCAGCGACUGGUAUUAUGCACGGAGCCCCUUUCUGAAGCCGAAGCUGAGCUCUGACAUCGUGGGCCAGCUCUACGAGCUGACUGAGGUUCAGUUUGACCUGGCAUCCAGGGGCUACGAUUUGGACGCUGCCUGGCCGACGUUUGCCAGGAGGACGCUGGCCGCUGGCUCCUCUGCCUACCUGUGGAGACCCCCCAGCCGAAGCUCCAGCAUGAGCAGCUUGGUGAGCAACUACCUGCAGACUCAGGAGACGGCCUCCAGCUUUGACCUGAGCAGCCCCUUACACAACGAGGCACUGGAGGGCUUCGACGAGAUGCGCCUGGAGCUGGACCAGCUGGAGGUGCGGGAGAAGCAGCUGCAGGAGCAGGUGCACCAGCUGGACACAGAGAACCAGGAGCUGAGGGCGACCGUCAGCCUGCAGGAGGAGCAGCUGCAGACGGAGAGGGAGAGGGGCCGCGCCGCGGCUGAGGACAACGCCCGCCUCACUCGCCUGGUGGCCGAGCUCCAGAAGCAGUGGGAGGUCACCCAGGCCGCACAGAGCGCCGUGAAGGAGCUUCAGGAGUGCCUGCGGGCCCUGGAGCGGGGGGCGGCGGAGAAGGAGGAGGAUUCCCACUCGGCCCUGUGGCGGCUGGAGUCCGUGCUGCAGCCCCUGGCCCGGGAGCUCGAGGCCGCGUGGGGCUCGCCGGACAGGAAGAGCCCGCGGUCAGCAGAGCAGGAGGCAGAUUCGGUGCCUGCUCCGGUGCCGGACACGCCGGGGCGGCGGAAGCCCCUCCCCGGGGACCCGGCCCCGGAGACCCAGGAGCUGGGGGAGAAGCUUCGGGCCCUGGAGAGAGAGCAUGCCAAGGUCCAGGAGCUCAGCAGGCAGCAGAGCGCCCAGCUGGGGCAGCUGGCCGAGGAGCUACGGCUGAAGGAGGAGGCCCGGGCCGGCCUGGAGCACCGGCUGGAGGAGCUGGCCGGGAAGGGGCAGGAGGCCACCCGGCUGCGGCGACAGCUACACGAGGCCCUCGCCCACCUGAGCUCCCUGGAGGAGGAGCUGGCAGAGGUGAGGCAGGAGGAGCGGCAGCGGCGACAGGAGAAGGAGCUGCUGGAGCAGGAGGCCGGGGCGCUGGCGCGGCAGCUGCGGGUCCUGGAGGCCCAGCUGGCGCAGCUGAGCCAGCACGUGGGUGACCUGGAGGAGCAGAGGCAGCAGCUCGCCUGGGACAGAGACCACCUGAGCCAGAAGGUGGGGGCGCUGGAGCGGCUGGCCGGGCAGCCGGGGCCCCCGGGCGCCACCCCACGGCAGGCCUCCCGGGGGCCGGAGGAGGGGCAGCGCAGCCCCCAGGAGGGCCAGACAGGUGGCCCCGAGACGCCAGGGAGUGGACGGGAGGAGAGGCUCGAGCAGGCCGACGGGGAGCUGAAGAAGGAGCUGCAGAAAGCACUGGAACGCAACCAGCUCCUCGAGGGCAAGCUGCAGGCCCUGCAGGCCGACUACCAGGCGCUGCAGCAGCGGGAGGCGGCCAUCCGGAGCUCCCUGGCCUCCCUGGAGUCUGAGCAGGCCAGCAUCCGGCACAUGGGAGACCAGAUGGAGGCGAGCCUCCUGGCCGUGAGGAAGGCCAAGGAGACCAUGAGGGCCCACGCGGCGGAGAAGGAGGCCGCCCUGCGGAGCAAGGAGGCCGAGUGCCAGCAGCUGCAGGAGGCAGUGGGGCAGUGCCGGCAGCGGGCAGAGGCCCAGGAAAGGGAGCUCAAGGCUCUUGAGAGCCAGUGCCAGCGGCAGACCCAGCUGAUCGAGACCCUCCGUGCAGAGAAAGGCCAGCAGGGGCUCGGCCCCCCCGAAGGCACCGCCCCCCGGGAGCCGGGGGCCCAGCUGGCCCCGAGUCAGGCAGAGCCAGAGGCCCGGCAGGGGGAGGCGGGGGUGCCAGACCUUCAGGCCGAGCUCCAGGCAGCCCUGGGUGACCGGGAGAAGGCCCAGAGUCAGCUGAGCGUGGCCGAGGCCGCUCUGAGGGAGCACAGGGCCCUCGUGCAGCAGCUGCAGGAGCAGAACGAGGCCCUCAAGAAGGCCCGCGGUCGGGAGCCGCCGCAGGGCUCGGGGCAUGAAGGGGCGCUGCGGGAGGACAGGGCCGAGGAGGAGCAGUCCCAGGCAGGACACGGCUCCCGGGAAGCCCCGCUGGGACAGGCCGAGCCGCGGGAGCAGCUGCCCGGGGCCAGCGCAGACACAGCCGAGCCCCACGGCCACCGCUGCACUCAGCUCGUGGAGACACAGCAGGCGGAGGAGGCCCUGGCCCGCGCCGUCCAGGAGCUCCGUGAUGCCAGAGAGGCGGCCUCAAGGGAGCGGGAGGGCCUGGAGCACCGAGUGGCUGGGCUGCAGGCCCAGCUGGCCCAGGCCGAGCAGCGGGCGCAGAGCCUCCAGGAGGCCGCACACGAGGAGCUCAGCGCUCUCAAGUUCCAGCUGAGCACCGAGAUCAUGGACCACCAGAGCAGACUGAAGGCUGCCAGUGAAGACUGCGGGAGCCUCAGGGCCCAGCUUGAGGAGCGAGGCCGGCAGCUGCAGGCCGCCGAGGAGGCUGCGGAGAGGCUGAAGGCCACCCGGGCAGAGCUGGGAGAGAAGCUGAACUGCACCGGCAAGCGUCUCGCAGAGUGCCAGGCCGCCCUGCGGAAGAAGGACGAGGAGGGGGCUGUCCUGCGCGAGAGCUUGGACAGGACCCAGAAGGAACUCGAAAAGGCCACGACAAAAAUCCAGGAGUAUUACAACAGACUCUGCCAGGAGGUGACGAACCGGGAGAAGAAUGACCAGAAGAUGCUCGCGGACCUGGAUGACCUGAAUAGAACCAAGCAGUACCUGGAGGAGAGGCUGAUCGAGCUGCUCAGGGACAAGGAUGCUCUCUGGCAAAAGUCAGACGCCCUGGAGUUCCAGCAGAAGCUCAGCGCUGAGGAGAGGUGGCUCGGGGACGCGGAGGCCAGCCACUGUCACGACUGCAAGCGGGAGUUCAGCUGGAUGGUGCGGAGGCACCACUGCAGGAUCUGUGGCCGCAUCUUCUGUUACUACUGCUGCAACAACUACGUCCUGACCAAGCACGGCGGCAAGAAGGAGCGUUGCUGCAGGGCCUGCUUCCGCAAGUUCAGUGACGGCCCCGGCUCCCCCGACAGCGCCAGCUCGGGCACCAGCCAGGGAGAGCCCAGCCCUGCGCUGUCGCCGGCCCCAGGCCGCGCCGGGCCCCAGGCCGCCGGAGGCCAAGGUGUAGACGCGGACUGCAGGCCGCCGGACGAUGCCGCGUUUGACAUCAUCACCGAUGAGGAGCUGUGCCAGAUUCAGGAGUCGGGCUCCUCGCCUGAGACACCCACCGAAACUGACUCCCUCGACCCUAACAUGCCCGAACAGGACGCCGUGUCAAACUCGCUAACCCCUGAGGACGCCGAAGACAUGCCGUUGGGGCAGGAUGCUGAGGUCUGCUUGCUGAAGUCUGGAGAAUUGAUGAUAAAGUUACCGCUGACGGUGGAAGAGAUCGCCAACUUCGGGGAGAGCAACAGGGAGCUGUUCGUGAGGUCCAGUACCUACAGCGUCAUCCCCAUCACCGUGGCUGAGGCGGGCCUCACCAUCAGCUGGGUCUUCUCCUCCGACCCCAAGAGCAUCUCCUUCAGCGUGGUCUUCCAGGAGGCCGAGGACACACCGCUGGACCAGUGUAAGGUCCUCAUCCCCACGACCCGAUGCAGCUCCCACAAGGAGAACAUCCAAGGCCAGCUCAAGGUCCGCACACCAGGCAUCUACAUGCUCAUCUUCGACAACACCUUUUCCAGGUUUGUCUCCAAGAAAGUGUUUUAUCACUUGACGGUUGACAGGCCUGUGAUCUACGAUGGAAGUGAUUUCCCGUAGCCUCAAGCAUCUGGAUUCUAGUAGUUUCACUUUAUCCACAGGAAACACUACUCUUGCUCACCUGUCACAUAAAGCACUUAAAAAAAAAAAAAAAAAAAAAAAAAAAGGCAGCGGCUCCAAAGCUGACGGGCCACCCCUCAGAGCUGCUCUGUCUGGAGCACCUUGUACUCAGAA